UACUUGUAUUUUUGGUUUGAAGAACAAACACAUCCCCAUAAAAUAGGAAAAUGGUAGAAAAAUUAUGAAAAGUGGUCCACCUAAAUUAUGUAUUAAUGCAAAACUGCCCAAAAAACUGUCUCAAUAAAUGAUUAAUUUAACUCAAAUUUAAUACUCAAACAACAACAAACAACUCCCUAAAAAAAACUUGUUCAUCAUCUCUCUCACUUUCUCUCUCCUCUGCAUGUUCAACGCUCUUUUGCAGAGCUGUAGAAAUUCACCCAAAAUUUUCUUCUUAAUGUUUCCCACGUCCUCCAUUUUUACUUAUUCUUUGAAUCCCGCUCACAAUUUCCAUCCUUUUCAAAAACCCCAUUAAAAAAUUUGAUCUUUGAAAAAUUCUGUCAAAAAUCUUGAUUUUUUUAAAAAAUUUUUGGGAAUAUUUUGAUACCCAUUUGAUUUAUUGACACAAAUGACAGAAGUAUUACAUUCUCCAUCUCAUUUUUCAUCAUCCCCAGGAAGUACCCCUUCUGAUACAUUUUUCCAGCCUUAUAAUCAAAAUCAAACCCCUAAUUCUAAUUCAAGCUCAAGUUCUGUGGAUAGAAGAAGAAAUAGUGGGGUUGAUUGUGAUUGUGAUUGUGAUAGUGAUUCAAAUUCAAGUUUUAGAGAGAGAAGUGAAAGUUUGAAGAGGAGAGAGAAAGAAAGGGAAGAGCUUUCCUUCCUGGCUCUUCUUGUAGCUUUGUUUAGGAAGUCUUUGAUUGGUUGCAGCACUGAGAGGGAAGAUCAUCUUUCUUCUGGUAUGGAUAUUGGUUGGCCUACCAAUGUCCGCCACGUGGCUCAUGUCACAUUUGAUAGGUUUAAUGGCUUCUUAGGUUUGCCUGUUGAAUUUGAGCCUGAAGUUCCUAGAAGGGCUCCUAGUGCAAGUACAUCAGUUUUUGGUGUUUCCACGGAAUCCAUGCAACUCUCAUAUGACUCUAGAGGCAAUUGUGUGCCAACAAUACUUAUAUUGAUGCAAAGGCGUCUCUAUGCUCAAGGAGGCUUGCAGGAGGAAGGAAUAUUUAGAAUUACUGCGGACAAUAGUCAGGAGGAGUUUGUUAGAGACCAAUUAAAUGGGGGUAUUAUACCAGAAGACAUCGAUAUUCAUUGUCUAGCUGGCCUUAUCAAGGCAUGGUUUAGAGAACUCCCAACUGGUGUUUUGGAUCCUUUGGAACCCGAGGAUGUGAUGCAGUGCCAGACUGAAGAUGAUUGUGUUGAGCUUGUAAGGCUGCUUCCUUCAACGGAGAGUUCUUUGCUUGACUGGGCCAUCAACUUGAUGGCUGAUGUUGUUGAAGAAGAACAGUACAAUAAGAUGAAUGCUCACAACAUUGCUAUGGUGUUUGCUCCAAAUAUGACACAGAUGGCAGAUCCUUUAACUGCUUUGAUGUAUGCUGUCCAAGUGAUGAACUUCCUCAAAACCCUAAUCACCAAAAGACUGCAAGACAGAGAAGACGCAAGGAUAGCCCCUUCUUGUCCUUCUUGUGCAGGACCCUCAGAUGAGAGCGGACAUCAAAGCCCGUCACAGGCCUGUCUGGGAGAUUAUCUUGAAGAAACCGAGGUAUCAGAGCCUGAGCACUAUUCAUCUGAUGAUGAACCUGUUUUUGACAGCCCCCAUGAUACGAAGCACUCCGAGGAUGGAGAUGAUUCUGAUGAUUCGCCUUUCCAUUGGCAAUCUUUUAAGGGGUUACAAUCCAGUCUAAAGAUCCGUACAGGACCUCUUUUUCAAUCGAGUGCCUCCAUUGUAGUCAGGAAGGACCCUGCAAGUUUAAAAGGGCGGCCUCCUGUGCGACCCAUGGACAAACCAAAGACCAUGAGCAACUUGGGCUGUGUGAGUUCAAGGAUAGAGCACGUUGAAGCUUGGCGGUAAAAGCAGGUCUGCUUAGACGGCUUGUCUAGGCUUUUGCUCUUUGAUUCAAAAUGGUAAAUCAGAAUUGGGAUGACUUAAUUGCUUGCAAUUUUAUUUAACUGUCUUUUUUGCCCAGCUUCCUUCUCUCCUGGGUAUUCUAGCUUGCUUUCUGAUCUCUUGUGACACAUAGCAUGGAUAGCUAACAGGUUCUUGUAAACUAGUGCUAGUCACAGACACGGUAAAUCUUCGGAAAAUUGUGAUUCUUACAGUGAUUGCCUCCUGACUGUUUCCAUGAGAAAUAUGGCAGCUUGUAUAUCUGAUCUGGGUGUAGUGAAUAACUCUAUUGUAUCUCUCUUUCUCAAACUCUAGUUUUUACAUAACAGCAGGGGUGGAAGAAUUAAUUUUUCGUUAAUACGAGUACUACGAUUCACUUAAUCAUAGUUUUAUCUUUGUAAAAGAUCAAUUAUGCUUCUAUUUUUUUCAGAGAUCGUAAUUCAACUGUUCUAAAAUUUUGUUCGUUGGAUAUGGAAAAACAGCUGAAUGUAACAUGAAAGUCUUGACAAAAUUUGAGAACCAUAAUCAAGAGAUUUUUGUCAAGGGAUGUUAUUU